CUUCCGAGCCACCUUCCCCAAUCAAUGUCCCUACAUACCUUCCCUUUCUUCCUCUUUGUCACCCUUCUUUUCCCUGUUUCCUUCACUAUAUCCCACCCAGACACAGCAAGCGUCCAACUCCUUCCUCUAACAUCAUCAUCGCCGCCUGCAACGAUCCCUGCAUUUCCCGAGCAAUCAAAUGUCGCCGGUUGUCCACUAGACCUACCCGAGGAGCUCUUUCACAGCAUUAAAAAUGCAUGCGGCACUAAGAAAAACAGCGGUGUCACGGGGCAGCUACACCGCAGCCGCUGUUGCCCCGUACUCGCGUCUUGGCUUUACGCCGCCUACUCCUCCACCGCACUCGGCAUGACCGGAAGAGUUUCACCGGCGGUUGUGGAGGGCAACCCGUCGUACGACAUGCCAUUGUUGCCUGAUGACUCGGAAACGUGUGUUGAUGAUUUAGGGAAAGCUCUGAGACGGAGAGGAGUGGAGUUGGUUAAACCAAACGAGACAUGCGAUGCGGUGUACUGCAACUGUGGCAUCAGGCUUCACACGUUCACUUGCCCUGAUGCUUUCUUGGUUGAUCAGAAGGGCAACCUCGUCGGGGACGACAAUGUGGAGAGAUUGGAAAGAAAUUGCUUAAGUAGCAGCUCCGAUGUUAAUGGAUUCCCCGGUCUUGGGGGAUGCAACAAGUGCUUGAAAACUCUUCAUUUGCUGAGCAAGAAGAAUACUUUGAAUUCAAGCAAGGCGGAUGAGAGGACCACCAAGAUGCGGAACAAAGAUUGCGAGCUGAUGGGUCUCACGUGGCUGCUGGCGAAGAAUCGAACUGCAUACAUUCGAACAGUUUCCACAGUUUUACAAGCGAUGAUGAUGAGCGAAGACGGUUCGAGUCCUUCUUCCUGCACUCUGAACAGCGAUGGGAUGCCGCUGCCUGUUGAUUCUUCUCAAAUAUUUGAUCAAUCCUCAUCGGUUGCACUCAAUCUAUCACGACAUCUCGCAAUUUCAUCACUUUGCUUCUUGCUUAUCAACCUUGUCGUGUUAUCAUACAGGUCUAGUUAAGGCAUUAAGAUGGCUUCUUGUUGUUGUUUUGACGCUGUAGAAUUCUUUGUUUCGGUAAGUUUGGUG